CAAGAAUUGCCUUUCUGAAGAAAAACCUCCGCUCCUCUACCCCCACUCUCACCGGCCACGCGUUAUCCUCGGCCGGCGCCUUCAUUUACCAGUCCACCACCGCUCUACCAGAGGAAAACUUGAAAAAAAAAAAAAAAAGGUAAAAAAAAGAGGCAAACAUAUAGAAGCAGUGCCAGUAAAGAAAAAACCCCUUCCCUCUUUUCUCAUUUCUCUUUAACAUGCACCGACUCCUUUUCAUCAUGCCCUCUCCCUCUUCCUCUAAACCCCUCAAAUUCUCCUCUUCUUCCUCAUCAAACCCUAACCCCAAUUCAGCUGCCUCCUCUUCUUCUCUUCUCUGUAGACACUCUCCAUCUGCCACCCUUGACAUUCUAAUUCUGAUUCUGGUGCUUUUCUCAGGGAUUUUCCUCAUAACUUCUUACUUUUCCUAUAUCUUUCGUUCCUUUUCCAUCAUCCUUUCUCACUAUUCCCUCCAUCUCUCAGUCCAUGUCCCUCCCGUACCCUACAUUUGCGGCUUCUUGGCGCUGUUCCUCCUCUCUAUUCUUUUUGUUGAGUUCUGCUGUGGGCCCAGAUCUCGCAAGUGCGAGAAGUCUGGAUGCAAGGGGUUGAAGAAGGCGAUGGAGUUCGAUUUGCAAUUGCAGACUGAGGAUUGUGUGAAAUCCAGUGGGGCCAAGGAGAUCGAUAAGUUGCCAUGGAAAGGAGGGACUGAAGGGAAUCCUGAUUAUGAGUGUCUUCGAGCUGAAUUGCGGAAGAUGGCUCCGCCUAAUGGAAGGGCUGUUUUGCUUUUCCGAGCCAGGUGUGGAUGUCCCAUCGCCAAAUUAGAGGGCUGGGGUCUAAAGAAGGGUCGGCGCCAUAAAAAGGGUGCUGAAAGAGGUAUCCACUAUUCAGCAUUCUCUUGGAGCGGAAGAAGAGGGCUUUGGCUAAUGUGUCGGUUAAUGGAGGAGGAGAUCAUCGCUGAUUGUUUGUGAUGGUCAUUGUCAAGAUCAAGGACCUCUUUAUCUGUUUCUUCUCUUUACUAUCUUGUUCAUCUUCCAGAUUUUGACUCCUCUCUUCUUGUAGAAGAGUACACUCUUCAUCAGAACAAAUUUGCGAAUCCCAUGAUCUGGCAGUGGGUUCCCUUCAGUGUAUCUAUAUCCGCAAUUCCAUGGGAGAGUUCUUGUUCCUAAAAGGAUAUACCAAACUAAAUAGUGACUUUAUCUCAUUUCUGGAAGAAUAUACAAGUUGAAUGGGAAUAAAUAAAUAUAUUACUUUGCCGAA